CAUGCAAUGACGUGGGUUCUUGUAGAAAAAUGUAAACAAGUUAAUUGUUAUAAAUUGCUGUAUAUUUGUGUUUAUACCUGUAAUUAUGGAUGCUAAAGACGUUUGCGUUGAAAUAGAAAACGAUGAGUUCUACAGUAAGUUCUUGGAUGAGUCCAUAAAACCCGUCAUAACCGAAAACGUCUCCGUUACCGAACAAGUCACAAAACUUGCCUUGGGAAUUGAAAAAUUGGGAAAAAGCCUAGAGAAACAAGUCCUAGCUAAGCACAAUGAUCUCCUUACGCAGGCAAGUCACAUUUCAGACCUAGAAACUACGUUGGAGUCAGUGCAAUCCCAGGUCCAGAGCUUACUUCGCGGCGCCGAAAAACUCAAAGAAAGAGUGGACACGCCUUAUUAUGCUCUGGAAAACCAAACUAAAAUGCUAGAACGAGUUCAAACUACUUGCAAUUUGCUGAGACAUAGCUCUAAAAUAUUGACCCUAUGGAAUAAACUUGAAAGCGUGAAAGAUAACCCAGCCAAAGAAGCCAUCAUCCUCUUUGAACUGAACGAACUCAUUGGCGACUAUGAUUUCGAUGGCAUAGAGCUGCUGCAAGAUGUAUUGCGAGAGGUGCAACACAGGAGGAAAACCUUGCUGGCUGAUUCCACUGAAGCCCUCCAAACCAGUUUGUUGAGUGGAGAUAAAACCAAACUCCUACAGUGUUUCAAAGUAUUCCAUAAUUUGCAAUGCACUGAUGAGCAAAUAAAAAACACAGUGCAAAGUAUUCUGAAUGACCUGAAGAAGGAAAUUUCCACAGCACUCAAUGUGCAAAUGGUUUCAAUUGAAGUCAAAAAGUCAAGCUCUGGGAGAAUGGCACCAGGGAAAGCAAACAUCAUGAAUGCACAAGAUUUUAAAAUAAAACUAUGGGAAAACAUUGAAAAACUCUUUAAAGUGGAGAUUUAUAAUAGCUGCACUAAAGUUAUUAUGUUGCAGAAUGUAAUAAAUGAGCUGCAUGCCAUAGGCAAUUUCAGGAACAUCGCUAAAAACUUUUGGUCUGAUCUAUUAGUCACCUUUGCAAGUGAAUUGGAGAGAAGCCCACAUAAUGUGAGCCAGUCUAUUGAGAUUGACUUCCCUAAGCUCCUGAAAUGUUUCAAUGAUUUGCUGUCAAGGUUAAAAUGCAAGGACUUGGAAAUGAACCGUACCAGUUUGACCAAAUGGGAGAAUUCAUUUUUAUCUAAAUCCCUUGGAAAACUGUUGGAGCCAGUCAGAAGCAUGUGGCAUCUGAGCCAAGUCCCCAACAUGGACCAAAUAGACAAUGCCAUUAGAGUUAUUGCUGAGGCACUGAGCAUAUCUCUUGGUGACAAGCAACUGAGCAUAAGUUUAGCCAACAGUGUGGCAAAGUCAAUAAAGCAAAUGAACAUGGAAACUGAACAGAGGCUGUCUAUGGACAGUGAUGUGGCCCAGAUUAUAGAAUCACCUACAAGUACCCAGCAGAAGAAUGCAGACCUCUGCAACUCACUCUACUACUUUUCCUCCCAAAUAAAAAGAGUCCUUCUAAACAUGAACUCAAUCUUACCACCAGAGAGCAUCCAGAUCGUUCAGACCAGUUUGAAAGACAUUUCAAGCAUGCCAAUACUGCAAUUAUUUGCAGAAUCCAUUAAAAACUCACUUUAUAUCAUUUUGAUGACAAUGCAUGAUGAAUCUGACUUGGUGAGAGCUGAUGAUCCAACAGGAAAGUCCUUAUCUUGUUCUCCAUACAUGAAGGAGCUCCAACAAUUUGUUUCUAGAUGUAAAGACAUUUACUUAUCUAUGUUUCAUGAAAAACCUGCUUUGAAUGAGUGUUGUAUUAACAUCUCAGUGGCCUGUGUGGAGCGCUUCAUAGUUCAUGUGUGCAACGUGAGACCCUUGAGUAAAUAUGGACGAGUGAAACUUCAGAUUGACUGCAAGCACCUGGAAAUUGCAUUAUCACCACUGAUAAAUGAUGUGACUGAACUUGGUGAUCAUUACAGGCAAUUGAAAGCCUUGAACUUAAUUCUGGAGAGGACCCCUCAAGAAAUUGCUAAGAGUCAGUCUGAGGGGGCUUGCCUGCCCUACUCCUUAGUCUCCAUGUUCUUAUUCUCUUACGCCGGGCCGCAGUUGCUCGCGCCUCACGCGUGCGCCGGGUGGAACAUACAACAGCUAACACAGUGGUUGGAUACUCAUAAGAAUGAAAAGGAAAGACUCGAAUUUGUUGCUGGUGCUUUACAGAGAUACCAAAACCAUGUAAGACAAAAUCAGAUCCAGACCUAUGAUGAGGUAUACCCAGUAUUAGUGCAAUUACUUGAAGAUGGAAGGAAAAGUUUGAAAAAAUAAUUGUAUUGUUAAGAGAAACAUUGUAUAGUUUCAUCAUUUUAUUUAAUAAAGUUAUUUAACAGGUUA